CAAGGACACACCACUUAUCAUAUACCAACCAUGUCGCACGAAGCCCUCAACCCUAUUCACCCGUCCGUGCUGCCGCAUCUCGACCCUACCUUCAUUGAACUCUAUAAUAAGCAUGUAGCCAACACCCCCAGCGGGCCAAUUGAUCUCGCCGUCCUUCGAUCCAAAUAUUCCGUUCUUUACUCCUACGGCACUGGUCCUGCGCCGGAGCCCGCUCGCGUAUACGAAGCCACUAUCCCAGGACACAAUGGGGAUUUAAUCCCCUGCCGAGUCUACGAGCCCGACAGCCCGGGACCAUGGCCCGUCCACAUUGACUUUCACGGUGGUGGCUGGGGCCUCGGCGACCUAGACACCGAAUCACACAUCUGCAAACACAUCGCGGUCAAGGCCAAAGUCGCCGUGGUCGACAUCGGCUACCGUCUAGUCCCGGAGCACGCCUUCCCCAUCGGCAUCCAAGAUUCAUUCGCAGCACUCCAACACCUAUCCUCUCCGGCCGGCCGCACACAAUUCCCAAGCCUCGACACCACGCGCAUAUCCCUCGGUGGCGUCUCCGCAGGAGGCAACAUCGCCCUCAUCCUCGCACACCUAGCCCGCGACCACCAAAUCCCGCUCCGUCUAGUAGCGGUAGGGACACCCGUGAUUGACGACAUCUCCCGGUAUACAACAGCGCACGACUCGCCCUUCCCCUCAAUGCAGGAGAUGGAGCACGCGCCGACUCUGAACUGGGCGCGGUUGAAAUGGUUUGAUCAGCUGAAGUGGCGCAGUCUCAGCAGCGAGGAUGAAGAUUUACGUCAGAAGCAAUUGGCCGAGGUGAAGUGGUAUGCUAAUGCGUUGAAUGCGCCGAAUUUUACUCGUUUGCCGCGCACGGUUAUCUAUACGGCUGGGUGUGAUCCGCUGCGUGAUGAGGGUGAGGCGUAUGCAAGGAAGUUGGUCGAGGGUGGGUGUGAGGUUACCGUGAGACGGUUUGAAAGCGUUCCUCAUCCGUUUAUGCAUAUGGAUAAAGAUCUAUGGCAGGCACGGCAGUUUAUAGAUUUGAUUGCGGGUCAUAUUAAGGGAGCGUUGCAUGAUUAG